CGCUUGCGCACUACAGAGGCGUACGCCGCCAGACCUCAUCAGGAUUCCGGGUCCUUGUGAAGGGCGGUCCAGGCGACAGCGUUCCAACCGAAUAUGCCUCUAUAGUCGGCCGGGGAUAAGCCGGGCGGGGGUAAGAAUCUGUUCUGCGUGGGUUGUCACGGUGCCCUGGAAAGCUGCCGGAAUCAUCGCGCCCCCGCUCCGGAAGUGAGCAGCUUCUGGCGCGGUGCAUUGUGGGGGGCGUAGUCCUCCUUCCCAGGCGGUCCUUCGCGGCGUCCCCGGGGCCGACUCCGGAGCGCAGGCGGGCGGCCGGGCGGGCGGCGCAGCGCGGGCCGGCGGGAAGCGUAUUCUGGGCACGGGGCGCCGGGCCGGGCCGGCCGCGUCGGGCGGCAGUAGUGGGAGGCCGCCUAAAGGCCCCGCGCGGCGCCGCCCGUCGAGGGGCGGGCGGCGGCAGACAGACCGGGCCGUCGAAGGGCUCAGGAGGCCGGUGGGCCGGGCCGAGGCGGGCCGCGCGGCGCAGCCAUGCCAGGCUUUACGUGCUGCGUGCCGGGCUGCUACAACAACUCGCACCGGGACAAGGCGCUGCACUUCUACACGUUUCCCAAGGACGCCGAACUGAGGCGCCUGUGGCUCAAGAACGUGUCCCGUGCUGGCGUCAGUGGGUGCUUCUCCACCUUCCAGCCCACCACGGGCCAUCGUCUCUGCAGCGUCCACUUCCAGGGCGGACGCAAGACCUACACGGUGCGCGUCCCCACCAUCUUCCCGCUGCGCGGCGUCAACGAGCGCAAAGUAGCACGCAGACCCGCGGGGGCCGCAGCCGCCCGCCGCAGGCAGCAGCAGCAGCAGCAGCAGCAACAGCAGCAGCAGCAGCAACAGCAGCAGCAGCAGCAGCAGCAGCAGCAGCAACAGCAGCAGCAGCAACAGCAGCAGCAACAGCAGCAGCAGCAGCAGCCGUCAGCCUCCACUGCCCAGGCCUCCCAGCUGCAGCCGAACCUGGUGUCUGCCUCUGCUGCUGUGCUCCUCACCCUUCAGGCCGCUGUAGACAGCAGCCAGGCCUCGGGGUCCGUGCCCCCAGCGCCCACCACUCCCACCGGCGAAGACGUGAAACCCAUCGACCUGACCGUGCAAGUGGAGUUCGCCGCUGCAGAGGGCGCAGCCGCCGCAGCCGCCGCGUCGGAGCUAGAGGCUGCUACGGCAGGGCUGGAGGCCGCAGAGUGCCCUAUGGGUCCCCAGUUGGUGGUGGUGGGGGAAGAGGGCUUCCCUGAUACUGGCUCCGAUCACUCAUACUCCUUGUCGUCAGGGACCACGGAGGAGGAGCUCCUGCGCAAGCUUAACGAGCAGCGGGACAUCCUGGCGCUGAUGGAGGUGAAGAUGAAGGAGAUGAAAGGUAGCAUCCGCCACCUGCGUCUCACCGAGGCCAAGCUACGAGAAGAACUCCGUGAGAAGGAUCGGCUGCUGGCCAUGGCUGUCAUCCGAAAGAAGCACGGAAUGUGAAUGGGUCCCCCUUCGGCUUGCUGGACUCCUGGACCCCUCUCAGCCUACAGGGACCUUAGGCCGCUGCUGUUGAACUCCCCUAUAAUCCUGGGGCACUGGUUGACAGUACUGAAGCUUAGGGCAGCUGGACUCUCUUGCUGGUGACCUGGCACCCUGUCUUGUUUUCUCCUGAAGCAAGGUCCUGAAGUCUGGGACCUCAGACUCUGUACAGGUGACACCAGCAAUUAUGACUUUAUCCCCCACUCCCCACCUCACCCCCAGUUUAUGUUGCAGGUUCUGGUUAAGCAGAGGCUUCAGAACCACUGAACUUGAAAAUUACCCACUCAGGAUGCAGGUCGGAUGCCCAAGACUAUGGGUUUGGGAAGACAACACCUUGAGGUUGGCCAGCAUUGAGACAACUCUUCCGUGUGUAGUGAUAAGAGAUCCAAGUAACAUCAGUUCUCCUUUUCGUGCUUUUCCUUCCCAGGUGCAGCCUGUGAUUCUAAUGGGGACUGGCAGAUCUGUGCCUCUGCCUAUAAGGACCUCCCUCCCCAGGAGGCCAUCUACAAGGGGAUCUAGGUGACCUGCUGAUGAAGAUCCAGCUUGCCAGGGACUUAGGUUUAUCCUGUUAUGUUUGCUACUGGUUACAAA